GGACAGGCUGAGUGAGCGUGUAUCUAUAUAUAUUUUCCUCUUUUUGUGUUGGUUCCUUUUGUUUUUGUCGUCCUUAUUUUCCAAAUCUGCCAUUUAUGGUCUAAGUGCGAACAAAUUCAGGGACGGAGAGAUAGAGAUAUAUGUAUUUCUAUCUAUUUCUGCAAAAUUUUGGGUUCCAAUUCAAUUUUGUAUUACCCAAGCUCAAUCAUUUAUUUUACCAUUCCAUUCUCUUCAAAUUCAGUAGAUAUUGUAAGAUUGUAUUGUGAUGUGAAAUUAUCAGAUUAAUUAAUGAAUAACGAAGAACAAAACGUAGAAAGUGAAAUGAGAAUUCAACAAAGCAGAUGAUGAGUUUGUCUGAAUUGUGAUUGACAUCAAAACGGACACUAUCGGAAUCGUUGCAAUUGGUGAGGGUGAAUUAAAUGAGGGAUGGGAUCAUGCGUGUCAAUAACGGUGGAAACAGGGCCUUGUGCUCCGAUCUCUGAAUCGAAUGGGAAUGAGAAUGGCAGAGGAAAUGGGAAUGAGAAGCGGCGACAGAGGAGGAGGAGGACACAAUUACAGCGACAACCACAACCGCAUUCAAGCUCAGUUCACCGCGGUUGUUCUUCCUCGUCCGCCGCCUUCGAUUACAGGGUGGAUGAAGAUAGCUUGCAUAGAAUUCCCGGAAGGAUCUUUCUUAAUGGAUCCACCCGCAUUGCUUCCCUGUAUUGUAAGCAAGGUAGAAAAGGCCAGAACCAAGAUGCUAUGCUUCUUUGGGAGAACGUUUGCUCAAAAGAGGACACUGUUUUUUGUGGUGUGUUUGAUGGGCAUGGACCUCAUGGGCAUAGGAUUGCAAAGAAAGUGAGGGAUUCCUUCCCUCUAAUACUUAUGGCUGAAUGGGAUUUGCAUCUUCAUAACAAUAAAGAUGGACUCUGCAGCAGUUCUGCAGCUGUAGAGAAACCCAACCUAGAGAGCCAUGACACAAAUGCUUUGGAGGCAGUUAGAGAAUCUUAUGUGAAGGCUUGUAAGCUUAUGGACAAAGAAAUCAACAUGCAGAAUAAUUUUGACUGCUAUUGCAGUGGGACUACAGCAGUUACCGUGGUUAAGCAGGGACAGCACCUUGUAAUUGGGAAUGUCGGGGACUCGAGAGCUGUGUUGUGUACCCGAGAUCAUGACGAUUCUCUUGUUCCUGUUCAGUUAACAACUGACUUUAAGCCAAGUCUUCCAAGGGAAGCAGAGAGGAUAAAGCUUUCUAAGGGAAGGGUGUUUGGCCUUCCAAAUGAACCAGAGGUAGCUCGAGUAUGGCUGCCUAACAUCGAUUCACCAGGGCUUGCUAUGUCGCGAGCUUUCGGAGAUUUUUGCCUCAAGGAUUUUGGCCUCAUCUCUCUUCCUGAUGUCUCCUAUCAUCACAUUUCUGACAAGGAUGAAUUUGUGGUAUUAGCUACUGAUGGGAUUUGGGAUGUGUUAUCAAACAGAGAAGUACUGGGCAUUGUGGGCAGCGUGCCACGAUCAUGUGCAGCUCGAAUCGUCGUGGACUCGGCUGUUCAUGCAUGGAGGACUAAGUUCCCCGCUGCCAAGAUUGAUGAUUGUUCUGUCGUGUGCCUCUUCUUUGAUUCAGAUUCAGAUCAGGGUAAGUCACCAUCCUCUGCAGAAGACAUGAUGAUGAUGAUGGAUGAGCAAUCUGAGGUUGGAACUGUUUUAUCUGCCACUAACACUAUAGUUGGCCCAAUGCAACCAUUGAAAUCAAGAACCAACACCACCUCUAAGUAACAACCUGCAUUUUGUACCACUCAUGCCUCUUCCCAAGCCUCCAUUGAUUUUAUUUUGGAGCUUGGUUGGUAAAAUAUAAAAUUAUUAAGGAUUCGCCAGUCA